GUUAAAAAAUCAACCUCAGCUUGUUUGUGUUGUAAAUCAACUUAACAGUCGCAGCGUCAUCUUCCAGCGCAGCUAACGGUAGCUGUGUUUAUAACUGUCACCGUUAGCUAGUAGCGAACAGCCGUGAGGUUUAUGCGGAGCUUUCAGACAGAAAAGUUCAUUGACAGCAGUGUCAUGACUUGCUUUUUCUAUUGCAGUAAGGAAUACCCGUCUGCUUUAGAUAUCAGCAAAUACCAGCUAACAAACUGACCGCAGCAAGAAAAAGUGGCUUGCAACAGUAACUUACUUGCUAACAUUUUUGCUGAUUAGUGAGGGCAGUGAUACCACGAGGAAGUCACAUGAGCGAAGAGGAUGAGGCAUAAACAACAAAGGGGCAGCUUGAGCAGAGAUCCGCUGCACAGUGUCUGCCACCGGGAAGGGGUUUGCUGCUUGUAAAGGCCCUGCACAAGCAGCCCCCCUGUGUCCCCCUUAACUGAACAUAUGCAAUGAACAGCACUACUCAGCCCCCUGCCAUCAUAGAUGGGGAUGUGGCAGUCAGCUAUGUGUUGGUGCCAUUUCUCCUCAUCACCAUCGCAGGAAUAGCUGCAGCUGUGGUCAUGUAUAUUCGUAAGAGAAGGAGAAUUGACAGACUCCGUCAUCAGCUGUUACCAGUUUACACAUAUGAUCCAUCAGAAGAGCUGAAUGAAGCUGAACAAGAAAUGUUGUGGAGAGAAGAGGACACAAGGGUUGUACAAGGUUGGGCCAGAAGUUAUCAACAGCGGCGCCCUCUUCUGACCAAAGAUGUCAAUGCAUGAUGGUAAUGCAUGAUGGUAGUAAACCAUAACAUAAAGUAGAACAUUGAGACAUUGAGAGAGUGGAGACAACCUUCAGCCACAGAGAUCAGUUUCAGAUCAGAUCACUUUUGAUGUGUUUUUUUUCCUUUUUUGCUACCGUUAUCUUUGAGUACAUCAGCAACAGUCAGCAUUUUUGUUUUUCCUGUUUAAUGUACAGACACAGUGAGGUUCUGAUGCCAAUCCUGUGUGCCUAACACACACAGUACCUUAAACUUAUUUAUUUGAAAUUAUUUAUUCAAACUUCUUUUUUUUACUGUGGUAUUCAGUAACACGACUCAGUUAAGAAAGGUGGAACCUUUCUAAAGAUACAGGUUCCUGUAGGUUUACUCUGUUUACAUUAUAUAAUGUUGUUGUGGGCAACAUGCAGCAAGAAGUUGUGUUCCUGUGGGUUGCAGUAGGCAUUCGCACUGGCUAUUAUUUAGGGGCUGUGUUCAAGAUGUGGUAUGAUUAUGAAUGUUCUGCACUAGUGAAAAAUCAUUAUUCCUGCUGUGAGAGGGUUUGUGAACAUUUCCUGGAUUGCUUUUUGUGUGGAGGGUAUUUGCAGUGCAUUAGAACAGAAUAUGGCUUUUUUGAUUAAGUGCUGUUAUAAAAUAAGAAUAAGCUGUCAGGAUCAGGAUGGGUUUGGUAAAUUUUUUAUUUCAGCUUCAAGUUGACUCAAGAGAAUGAACACACCCUCUUUGGUUUUAAUUUGUUCACAGAAUUUAAGUAGCUGCUGCACGAUCUGGAUCUUUUUGUGGUUUAGCCAAAUCCUAUGACUCCUAUCAAUGGCAUGAAAAGCCAGAUAUGGAAGUAAAUAAUACCAACAUCCUCUCAUCCCCAAAAUGAGCUGUGACUAGUGCCCUAAAUAUGUCCUGUCUGCAAGGCAUGGCACCAGCACACAUUUACCUCCAGCUGAAGAAUCUGUUCAGAUGAAUGCCAUAGGUCUGACUGUAUCAAGCACCGGACAAACUUGUUUUUUUUCUUAAUGAAUUGAAACCUUUCCUGACCGUUAUUUGCCUUGCAUUUGUGAAUGUAAACUACUUACAAUAUACAGUUACACUGUCCUUGAAGGGGGACACAUCUCAGUUUAACAAGUCAUAUUGUAGUGGUUGAGUAUAGAAAUGUCUCUGACAGCUAAUACUCAAACUUUUGAUGUUAUCAGGUGUAACAUCUAGAGGUGCUUCAGAGUGAGUGUAAGCUUUACAUACGUGUUGUUUUCCACGGUCAGUUGAGGACCUUGAAACAUCUUUAUCUCAGAACAUGCUCCUCUGUGCUCUGCAGUCAUCUUUACAUCUCACUCUUCAUUUUCUAUGCAUUGUGUGAGGCUUUUAUCUUUUAUUGUGUGAAGAAUAACUAUUAAACGGGCCUCCCACAGUUUAAACUGUACAAUUAUCCAGUCAUAUGACAUUGAUUUGCACUGGUGAAACCUUGUGGACUUUUCAUAGAAGGCUCUGAUUUCAGGUUGAACUUAAAAGUCAAAGAACUACUGAUGUAAAUUUAAAAUGUGAAUUUGGCAGCACUGUUAUGAAUUUCACCUUUCAGACUGUUGUACUGUUGUUGCUUUGAGAGAUAAUUGACAAGGCUGUUGAUUAAAACAUUGGAGAUGUAAAUAAAGUAAUAUAACUUUGUCUUUUUGCUGUGAUCAUCGCUAGCACUACAAUAAGCCUGGUAGACCUUUCAAAAAACUACAAUGUAAUAGGGAUGCAACUUGUUGUUUAGUCCAUAAAAUGGUGAAGAAUGUUGAUCAUUGUUUCCCAAAGCCUAAGAUGAUGUGCUCAAAUGUCUUUUGUCCUGACCAAAAGUCCACAAUGAUGUUUAAUUUUACUAUUAUAGAAGACUGAAGAAACCAGUCAAAGAAGCUGGAAUCAGACAAUUGACUUUCUUAAAAAUAGUUGUCGAUUGAUUUGAUGGUUGGCGACUAAUCGAUUAACCAACCAAUUGUUUGAGCUCUACAAUGUAACAUAACCUGCAUGAUUUCAGGAGACUUUAGGAAUAUGGACACAUUCCUUAGAAAAAGUGACAGAAAAAUGACAAAGAAAAUUCUCUUUAUUGACCAUUUCUGAUACAAAUUGUUGUAGGGCACCAUAGAAAUAUAGACAUUGUACAUUUAUAUACGGUGUACAUUAAAAAGAAUGAUCCCAUCCUAAUGAGUUUACAGUAUAUAAAUGAACGGAUGCAGAUGUUGGUAUGUAAAAUGAAAGUGAUAUUGUCAAGAGUAGUCCGAGGAUUUUGAAAAUAGACAUGAAAUGACCGUUGUAUGAGUUAUGGCGAGGGUGGCCGUGUGCAGUAGUGCCGAACACAUGGCGGCCAACAGAACAGUUAAGUGGAAAGAGCGCCCAGUCUGUCACAAACACACAAACAUUUGUCCAUGAAAAUCUGAACCAACAUUUCAGUGCACCAGAAGAAUUCUUUUUAAAAAGGAACACACCUGCUAAUCUACCACAGUCAGCGAACACAGUCGUCAAGCUGACAGGUCUCCCUGACUUGCUUCACACAUUUAACACAACCUGUCUGCAAGCUCUGGUUAUGAACGAGCCGAGCUGUGUUGCGUAUGCACACAAUCACAAACUUGACAUCUUAGAUACCUCAUUACAGUCAGGUUUAAAAAAAAAAAAAAAAAAAAAAAAAAAAAAAAAAAAAAAACUUUGUAAUAAUGACAUCUUUCCAACUCAUGCCAGAGGUUACAUUUACAAACAACAGAAAACCAGUUAAAAUGCAAUUAUAUGGUAAAGUAAGCUGUUGAGUGAGGUAUGAAAUUCCAGGCCUUGUAUUGCCUGUUUGCAGUUUUCCGGGUUUCGUAACUGAGGUUGUAGCAGCUUAGGUGUGUGGAAAAACCCAGUUAAGUGGACUGUGACCGAGGGUUCCCUGACACUUAGAAAUACACAAACAAACAUCUUUUUUUUCCUGUAUCAGACAGCAUACAACACAUCGUCAAAAAAGACCAAGAAAGUAUAUUACUGUACCAAGUGAUGACAGGAGGACCAAGCUAGGUGAAGCAGAGAGCGCUAGAUGGAAUGAG